AUGAAACUCAUCAUUGUCGGGGCCAGUGGCUUUGUUGCAACGGAACUCAUCAGCCAGGCUUUGCGCCGACCCGAUGUCACAAGUCUCGUCGCCCUAUCUCACAAACCCGUUACUGCCCCUGACGGUGAAAAUGCGGCCAAGUUGAAGAGUGUAGUCAUUAGCGACUAUGGAGAGUAUCCUGAUGAUGUUAAAAAGGAGCUUGCAGGUGCUAACGCUUGCAUAUGGACUGUCGGCAUCACACCACCCAAUCUCCGCAAAUAUCCCUUCGAGGAGGUGGUCCGCAUCUGUCAGACCAGCACACUGUCCGGAAUGAAGGCGUUCCGUGAGACCAAUCCAGCGCCAGAGUUCCGCUUCUUGUACAUGGGUGACCCGUUUGAGGCGGAUUCGGAGAAGAAACCGCCAUUCAUGAUCGAGUAUUUGCAGAUGCGUGCCGAGACGGAAGAAAAGGUUCUUGCAUACGCCCGAGAAAACAAAAUCGACGCGUGCGUGGCCAAGCCUGGCUUCAUGACCGGUGGCCCGUUUAGCCCUCUCAGGACUGUUAUUGGCCUGGUCUUCCGCUUGACGCCAUUUGGUACCCUGCCAGUACAAACAGUCGCAGCUGCGAUGCUGGACCAGGUUGUAACUGGCUUUGAGAAGGAACACUUGGGGAUUGUGGAUCUGAAGAGGAUUGGGACAAAGGCGAUCGAAGAGAGUGGUAAACGAUGA